CCAUCCUUCCCUGUGGCGCCAUAUUUAGGAAAUGCAAUAAGAUUCGGGACGUCCUCCCGCCCCUCCUGUGCCGCUGAAGUCCCCUGUCUGAGUAGGCUGUGGACAGAGCCCCUAUUGUUCCCAGCCCACUCCUGCCUAAUAUGGAAUUCGUAAGGAAACCAAUGAUUUCCUGACAGUGACGAUGCGUAGCCGCGUAGGGGCGAAUGUGGAAAGCUGUUUGGAGUAUGAAGGGAGUAAACAGUGUCACAGACACGGCUUUUGAAUUUGUUUCGUUGUCCGACCUGAAAAAUGUAAAAUAACGGAAUGCAAGUUGUGGGAGUUAUCGUGAGUUUUCAUGAAACUGCUGUCGAUGGCGCCGGAUUGUUUCGGAAGCGCGAGCUAAAGCGUGGGUCACCUACUUGACGGAUUCGCCUGCUCACCAUAUACGACACGUAAACUCGAGUGUUUAAACUGGUCAAACGAAGAUUAACGUCUCAGAGAUUGAUAUUUCUGUCGAGCGAAGACUUGGCUACCUGUGGUGAAUAUACUUUCUGGACUUGUCUAACUAUCAUGCCUACUCUCAGCUCGAAAGGUAGGCAGAAUGCAGUGGAAGCGGUUGAGGAUGGAGGCAGUAACAGCAAUCCUGUCGAUACUACGGCCAAGAAGAUGUUGAAAUGUGUUGUGGUCGGCGAUGGAGCGGUGGGAAAAACUUGUCUGCUGAUGAGUUACGCAAAUGAUGCUUUUCCUGAGGAAUAUGUACCAACUGUAUUCGAUCACUACGCAGUGAAUGUAACAGUAUCUGGAAGGCAGCACUUACUGGGAUUGUACGAUACUGCUGGACAAGAGGAUUACAAUCAGCUGCGGCCCCUCUCUUACCCCAACACAGAUGUCUUUCUCAUCUGCUUCUCCGUCGUGAAUCCAGCUUCCUAUCACAAUGUUCAGGAGGAAUGGGUACCUGAGCUCAAAUCCUGCAUGCCUCACGUGCCCUACAUCCUCAUUGGAACACAGAUUGAUUUGCGAGAUGACCCAAAGACACUGGCACGUCUGCUCCAGAUGAAGGAGAAGCCACUGACCUAUGAGCAAGGCCUUAAACUAGCCAGAGAGAUUGGAGCCCAGUGCUAUUUGGAGUGUUCGGCACUGACUCAGAAGGGACUAAAGACAGUGUUUGAUGAGGCCAUCCUGACAAUCUUCAGCCCUAAGAAACAAAAACGGGGAUGCACGGCCUGCAGCAGCUGUUGUGCUAUCGUGUGAGGAUAAAACGUCUCCAACUGUGAAAACCCACACUCCUCCAAAGCUUCGGGCAGCGUAACAGACCCUAAACCGCCUCCAGUCUGCUGUACAUCCUUCCUUUCUCCAUCCGCCCGUUGUCCCUCAGGACAAUGAGUGGUCUUUCCCUCGGUUUGUGUGUCUUGUGGAGAGCUUCCAAAACAAGUGCCUUAAUUUCUCCCCACGUUGCCUUUCAGGAUUCACUACUAAAGCCAAAGAAGUUUCAGACUGGGCUGCGGUUACUUGAACCGACAAGGCGCGACGUCGCCAAUCUCCAAUCAAACAAACGUUUUAGAUUCAGCUCUAGGCCAGUGGAUUUUUUUUAAACCGACUAUAUUAUAUGGUUUCUCGAGGCUUAUGAAAUAAUGAAAAUCCAUUCCUCCAUGCAAGCUGGUUUUUCUCAGUCACCUCAGAUCAAUAUGUGCUCUUUCUGGAGUCAAUGCUUCAGCAGUUUGAGCUAGUUAAUAAGGGAAAUUCUCUGGAGGAUGGCCAACUCAUCAAUAGAGGUAGAGCAGAAGGAAGAAGAGAGAGAGCAUGUGUAAGAAGUGCAUCUUUACCACAAAUCAUUGGGUCAUUCAAAAUUAGCAACUAACAAUUAGUAAAAAUCACUGAUAAACCGUCGCAUACCUACACAUCCAAAGACACAAAUAAUAAUACAAUGACAAUCAAGCACACUAUGUGGAGACUGAAGUCUAUCAGUGACAGGAUAAAGGGAAAAUGUAUAUUGUGAUAACAUUAGCCCAUGAAUUAUUCAUAUUUCCUUGGGUUUUUAAAACCGAUUUGCCCUUAAGUGUACUUAGUCACGUUUUUGUGAGCCAUCAGACCUUAAUCUUUAUACAAUGUAGGUGUAGAACAAUGAUGCCAUAUAAUGGUGCUGUAAUUAUUCUAUUUUCCAUACGCAUUUACAUUAUGAUUUUUGAAAUGUAAACUACAGUUAAAAUACAGAAGACAAAUUACUCUGCCUAUACACAUUUUAAAAAAUGCUCUCAUUGUCCUUAUUAAAAAUGAGCCGAUGGAGGACUUUAGUGCCACUUAAAAAUAAAAAUAACUAAUCACCAAUGUACUAAUUCCAAAAUUAAAAUAUAAAUAUUAAAUGAACAAAUUAGUUAAAUGUAAUAACUUUUAAAUUAUACUUUUUUAAAGCAUGUACAAAUUUCUUAUUCAUUUGCCAGUUGUUGUUUUGUAAAAUGCAUUUUAAUAGUAAUUGAUAUAUUAUUUUAGUUAAAUUUAACAUUUUAAUCAUGAAUUAAAUGUCAAUAGUUUACUUAUUUGUAAAUCUUAAAAGGUUGACUUUCCUUUUUAUAUUAUCAUUUAAAUUUGUAUAUUUUUUAAUAUUUAUCACUAUUAUUAUUUUAUUUUUAAGUGGCAUUUAUAGUACUCCAUAUGAUCCUACAACUGUGCAAAAAAAAAAAACACUCAACCUAUCACUCCCUAUUUCAGCUGAAGUACUGGUGUGUUUACUAAGAACCAGGCUUGUACACUGUCUAACUGUUCAGUUUUUCCUCUGGCUAAAACCGCCCCCUUAUUUUCCCCUUUAUAGAUCAGCUCAAACACAAAUGGCUUUGUACUUCAGACUUUUUUUUUCUUUUUUUCGAAUGCAUGUAGUGUGGUCAUGCUGUAAAAGUGCAGUCCCUCCUUAUUUGGCCUUUUCAAAAUGAGGACGUUCCCUACUGUAUUUUGGUACAAGUGUCAAAUAAUAUGGACAAUAUGUGUA